AAAAAAUGAAGAACACAAGUAGAAAGAAAAUAAAAAAAAAAAGUUGCACUAAAUUGGUCCAAUUAAGAAGCAAAAUAAAAAUCAGGAAGCAGUUCAAAGUAAAACAAAAACAAAAGUAAACAGUAACAUAACGCAAACCAUCUUCUAUGUAAAAGCCAAAGAAUUAUCAAACCAUGUUGUUGCUUUGUAAAAGAGAGGAAGGAGCCUAAAGCAAAGCAAAGCAACAAAGGAAGAAACAAAGAAUCACAGAGAGAAAAAGAAAGAAAGAGUCUUCUUUUGUUGGCCGGCUGGCAGCAGCCUGGCUGUCUAAGCCUUACCUUUUUUCUGGGAAUUUCAGCUUUUUGAAGGCUCUUGUUUUGUAGAAUUGGAAAAUUUCAAGUCUCAUGAGUUGGUUCGUAGCCUUGUAUGCCUGCUUGCUGAGUACAACUUCGUGGGUCGUAAGAGCUUGAAAAAUAAUGAGAAGCUUGUGGUGUUUUGGUCAAAAGAGCAAUGCUGAAAAUAUGGGAAAGAAAGGGAGUUGGUUUUCUGCAAUAAAGAAAAUCUUUUUACCCCACUCCAAGGAGAAACUAGCCAAUGAAUCAGAUAAGAAAAGUACAAAAGAAAAGAAAAAGAAGGGGCUAGCAAAACUACGGCGUGGAGAAACCAAUUCCUUCAUUCCCCUAUUUAGAGAACCAAGUAGUAUUGAGAAAAUUUUGGGGGAUGCUGAAAGAGAGCAUAACUUAGUAUUCAGGCCUCCCACCCCACCUGAGCAACCUAGAACGCCACCUUUUGUGCCUACAAGAGUUGCUUCUCCAAGGGUUCCUUCUCAAAGGAUUUCUUCUCCAAGGGCUGCUUCUCCAAGAGCUGCUUCACCAAGAAUUCUUCAACAGCAUAGGGAAAGACCAGAACCAACUCUAAGAUACCGCCAUGCUUGUGCUACAAAAAUUCAAGCAGCCUAUAAAGGAUAUAUGGCUAGGAGAAGCUUUAGAGCUCUGAAGGGUCUAGUGAGGCUUCAGGGAGUACUGAGAGGACAGAAUGUGAAGCGCCAAACAGUGAAUGCCAUGAAGUGUAUGCAGCUUUUGGUGAGGGUUCAAUGUCAGAUUCAGUCAAGGAGGAUUCAGAUGUUAGAAAACCAAGCACGACUUCAAGCUCAGUACAGAAAUGACAAGGAAACAGAAAGUACCUUGGGAAAAUGGACCUUCAGCCAGGCAUCCGAGGCAGGAAAUGAAGACUGGAAUGCUAGUGCGCUAACCAAAGAAGAAACGGAGGCAAGGAUGCAAAGGAAGGUGGAGGCAGCCAUCAAAAGAGAAAGAGCCACGGCCUAUGCAUAUUCCCACCAGUUGUGGAAGACACCUCCUAAAUCAGCUCAAACAUCUGUGGGGGUGCUUCCAUGGUGGUGGAAGUGGUUAGAACGUCAACUGCCUCAGGCUAACCCAUCCGAAAGUCAAAGCAUAAAGAGUUUUCAACUUACGCCACCAACACCAAUGGCUGAUCAGCACCUAAAACCGAGCCCUCGGGCACAGUCAAGCUGUCACAAUCGAUAUAGUUUCGGGUUUGACAUGGAUACUCCAACUCCAAAAUCUACAAAGUCAACCAUUCUCCCCGCAGCAAGAUAUGCUCGGAGUCCAGCUUUAGGUAAAGCCCGUCAAGGCAGUCCCGGUUUGUCAAAAUAUUCAAGAGCAAGAGCUAGUGGAGCUCCUUCUCCUUUCAACUUGCCAUUUAAAGAUGACAAUAGUCUUACAAGCUGCCCGCCCUUUUCCGUUCCGAACUACAUGACGCCUACAGUUUCUGCAAAAGCGAAAGCAAGAGCUAACAGUAAUCCGAGGGAGAGGUUUCCAGGGACCCCAAGCAGCGAAUCACAAAGAAGGCUUUCAUUUCCUUUGACACCAAGCGCUGGAUCACAAAAGUGGAAGAGAGGUACCUUCUUCUCCGAUAGCAAAGAGUCUAGCUCCCAGAGGGCCUUAGAUAAGAAUCAGUCAAUGCAAUCUAUAGGAAAUUUGAGUGAGGAUUCAACCGUUUCAGUGCCUGCCACGGUCAGAAGGAAGCCGUUUAACCGAUUUGUGUGAUGAUUUGUUUGCCCUUUAUUUUUUCUCUUUUUAACAUCAUGAUGUUCAUUUGAUUGAGUGUAUGUGAUAUGUCCAGAAUCAUAAAGAUUACUAAUGUAUGAUGAUAAUAAAGAAACAUAGGAGAUGAUAUGCUUUGUAUGUGACAGGAUUUGGGCUUUGUAAAGGAAUUGUAACAGUUAUUUUUUCUGGAUUUCUGAGAGGGAGAACCAUUAUUUCCCAUCCGGGUUUUGCCCCAA